CAAUGGUGAAGGUCCGCCGGCCUCGGGUGCAGAGUGACGUCACGUAGUUCCCGUCUGCUUUAUUUUGCUUCGGUCUCCGGAGCCGCCAUUACGGAAAGAACCGGACCGAGCCGAGCUGGAGAACACCGGAGCGGCUCAGAGCGGGAGGGACCGGACGAGCGACACCGAGGAGUCCGGUCCCGGGGGAGAUGAGCGGGGGAAGGGAGCCGGCCACGGGAUAGAGCCAGCUUCCUGACGGAUACAGACGUCCAUCCUUGGGAGUGUCACGAUGACGGAGCAUGGCUUAAAGUGGUCUUGCGAAUAUUGUACUUAUGAGAAUUGGCCAUCUGCUAUCAAGUGUACCAUGUGUCGUGCUCAGAGACCCAGUGGCGCUAUCAUCACAGAGGAGCCCUUUAAAAGCAGCAGUUCUAAUGUGGGUACCAUAGAGAGAAGUGGUGGGAGUCCCUUAAUUUGCCCAGAUUCCAGUGCCCGGCCACGUGUAAAGUCCUCAUUUAGCAUGGAAAAUGGCAGUAAAUGGUCCUGUCAAUUGUGCACCUACCUGAACUGGCCCAGAGCCAUCCGAUGCACUCAGUGUUUGUCACACCGUAGGACACGUAGCCCAACAGAAUCUCCCCAAUCCUCCGGAUCAGGGUUAAGGUCUAUCCCUGGCCCCAUUGACCCAUGCGAGGAAUAUAACGACCGCAAUAAACUGAAUAUUAAAGGUCAACAUUGGACUUGCUCUGCUUGCACAUAUGAGAACGGUGCCAAAGCAAAGAAAUGCGUGGUGUGCGAUCAUCCUACUCCAAACAACUUGGACGCUAUAGAGCUGGCAGACACAGAUGAGGCUUCCUCCAUUAUUAAUGAGCAGGACAGAGCUCGCUGGAGAGGCAGCUGCAGUGGUGGCAACAGCCAGCGCCGUUCUCCACCCAUGCCCAAACGGGACUCUGAGAUGGACUUCCAAAGAAUUGAACUGGCUGGGGCGGUGGGCAGCAAGGAUGAGCUGGACCUCAAAAAGUUAAAGCAAAUCAAAAAUCGUAUGAGGAAGACUGACUGGCUGUUUCUGAAUGCGUGUGUGGGUGUGGUAGAGGGUGAUCUGUCGGCGGUGGAAGCGUAUAAGAACUCAGGAGGAGACAUUGCUCGGCAACUCUCAGCUGAUGAAGUUCGUCUUUUGAACCGUCCAUCGGCCUUUGAUGUGGGUUACACUCUGGUGCACCUAUCUAUCCGCUUCCAGAGGCAGGACAUGCUGGCCAUACUUCUGACAGAGGUGUCUCAGCAUGCAGUGAAAUGUAUCCCAGCCAUGGUGUGUCCUGAGCUUACUGAGCAGAUUAGGAGGGAGAUUGCAGCUUCCAUGCACCAGAGGAAAGGAGACUUCGCCUGUUACUUCCUGACAGAUCUGGUGACCUUCACUUUACCCGCUGACAUAGAAGAUCUGCCACCCCCAGUCCAGGAGAAACUGUUUGAUGAAGUUUUGGAUCGGGAUGUGCAGAAAGAGUUAGAGGAAGAAUCUCCGAUCAUUAAUUGGUCACUGGAGCUGGGGACCCGUCUGGAUAGCAGACUUUAUGCACUUUGGAAUCGCACUGCAGGCGACUGCCUGCUGGACUCUGUACUACAAGCUACAUGGGGCAUCUAUGACAAAGACUCGGUGCUAAGAAAGGCUCUGCAUGACAGCCUCCACGACUGCUCCCACUGGUUUUACAGCCGCUGGAAGGAGUGGGAGUCUUGGUACUCGCAGAGUUUUGGGUUACAUUUCUCUCUAAGAGAGGAACAGUGGCAGGAAGACUGGGCUUUUAUUCUGUCACUCGCAAGCCAGCCAGGGGCCAGCCUGGAACAGACGCACAUCUUCGUUCUUGCGCAUAUUCUUAGGAGACCAAUUAUAGUGUAUGGAGUGAAAUAUUAUAAGAGCUUCCGUGGGGAGACGCUGGGGUACACUCGUUUUCAAGGAGUAUACCUGCCGCUUUUAUGGGAGCAAAGCUUCUGCUGGAAAAGCCCGAUCGCCUUGGGCUACACGCGGGGUCAUUUCUCGGCCCUGGUAGCCAUGGAGAACGAUGGCUACGACAAUCGUGGGGCCGGUGCAAAUCUAAACACAGACGACGACGUAACCGUUACGUUUCUCCCGUUGGUGGACAGCGAAAGGAAGCUCCUGCACAUUCACUUCCUGUCUGCGCAAGAGCUUGGGAAUGAGGACCAACAGGAGAAGCUUCUGCGCGAAUGGUUGGACUGUUGUGUGACGGAAGGCGGCGUCUUGGUAGCCAUGCAGAAAAGCUCCCGCCGUCGUAACCACCCACUAGUGACACAAAUGAUGGAAAAAUGGUUGGAUGGUUAUCGUCAGAUUCGCCCUUGUACAGCGCUGUCUGAUGGCGAGGAGGAUGAAGAAGACGAGGAUGAGUGAGAAGACUCUCUCGGCCUUAAUGUGUAAACAGCACAUGCUGUGAGGUCAUGACUGGGACCUGCGUUAUGACGGGACCCUGUGUUAUGUGCUUGGGGUCCGAUGCAGGGAGGAAUGCUCCAGCCCACCAAAUCCUGCGGGAUAACGGCACCUUUUCGGCUCUGACGGAAACAUCCUUUUUUGUUAUCGAGACCAGACACUUUUUUUUUUUUUUUUUUCCGUCUCUCCCUCUUAAUCUGGGUUGUAAAUCUUGGUAUAAUGCAUGUGUUGUGCAACGGGGGAGAGAGAGGACUUUGAAGGUAAAAAAAAAAAAAAAUUAGAAAAUAAACACAAAAACCCAUGGUCAACCUAUCAGAGCAAUGGGCUGGCCAUUAGUUGCUUUGCUCCUAGUUCCUGACCCUUUCUGUUUAUUGCAAGGCUUACGUUUUUCAUUUCCGAUGUUUAUUUUAAAUUGCCUCGCACUUGAUUUUUUUUUUUUUUAACCCCGGCAUUACUAGACUGGCCACCAGAGUUGUAUAUUGCACAGUUACCCAUAGCUUAUGGCUGUCUCCAGCAAUAAAGGGGUUAAAUAUACUUUUCAUUUUAGCAUUCUUUACACAGGUAACACAGAAUUUCAGGCCCUUCCCACACAAGACAUUGAUGGUCUCGGAGGUCAGACCAAAAAAAAGCAUUUUUAUUUUAGUUUUUUUCCUUUUUUUUUUAAAUAUGUGGUAAUGAAUUAGUUAUAAAGGGCAAGUGAAGGGAAGCGGAGGAUUUUUUUUUCACUUCCUGUCUUUAUGGCUUCCUAAUUUUUCCCGUGUCACCCAAGUAUUUUUUUUUUCUUCCCUUUUCUGAAAACUUUAUAUAUUUAUUUGUUCAUGAACACUUGUCCCCCCCGGUCCCCCUCCUCCUCACAUGCAGGAAUUAGGUUCUAAAGCGAUUUGUGUGCAGUUUGCCAGCUUGGACUUGAUUCCGAAUGUGACACAAAUACAUCGUCUUGCUGUGAA